AUGGGUUAUGGCACUCUCGAGAACGGCGACUGGCUCAUGGUCGGCAUGAGCAUCUUCAGCAAAGACCGCUCCGUCGAGCUCCGCAUGCAAGACGAUGGCAAGCUCGCCAUCUACUACAACAACCGCUGCGCCUGGCAGAGCACCGACCAGCAGAUCAGCAACGCAAAGGGCGCCAUUAUGCAGGGUGAUGGUAACUUCUGCAUUUACGACAAGAAUGGCAAGGCUACUUGGCACACCAACACUGCUGCUCCCAGCGGUGACAACAAGACCUUUGUCUCUGUCCAGGAUGACGGAAAUCUUGUCCUGUACAAGAAUGGGGGAGCUACUCCCAUCUGGUCUUCCAAGAGCAACAAAUAA